GGGAUUAGUUCGCCAUUCAAGUUAGCAACCUUAACAAAGGCGGUCAUGUUCAGCAGAAAAAUAAUUGUCUUUCAGACCUUAAUUCCUUAUCAGAUUUCAAGAACUUGCAUGUGCGUCAGUAACAAGGUACAAUCAAGCCAAGGUAACAGUGGGUUGAACGGUUUGCCAUCGCCAUACAUACUUACACCCUAAAUACAUACAUACAUCUUCCCAACAUGAACGGCUUACCAGGAGCCGGAGCCGGAGCCGGCGGGCCACAGCAAUAUGAUGCAGCAAACGAUCCCAAUAUCAAAAGAUUAAACGCCAUAAUGGAGUCCUGCUUCGGGAAAGCCGCCAUCUCGGGCGUCAUGGGCUUCGGCAUGGGUGGUUUGUUUGGCAUGUUCAUGGCUUCCAUGGCCUACGACACCCCCUUCCACACGCCCGGCGCCCCCGGCGCCGCCCCGCAGCCCAUCGCCUCGCUGCCCAUGCGCCAGCAGCUCAAGAUCGGCUUCAAGGACAUGGGCGCGCGCUCCUACAGCACCGCCAAGAACUUCGGCAUGGUCGGUCUCAUGUUCGCCGGCAUCGAGUGCGGCAUCGAGGGCUACCGCGCCCGCAACGACCUCUUCAACGGCGCCGCCGCCGGGUGCCUCACCGGCGGCAUCCUCGCGCGCAGCGGCGGCCCCACCGCGGUUGCGGGAGGCUGCGCGGCGUUCGCGGCGUUUAGUACCGCGAUUGAUGUCUGGAUGCGGCAGCCGAAGGAGGAGGAUUAGUGCGGUAGUGAGGGGAGAGGAAUGGAUAAAAGGAGCAAUAAAGGGAAAAAGGAAAAGCCCCCCCUUUUAGAGAAAGGGGAGGCGGGGCGAGGACGAGGAAUACAAGGGGCUGUAUGAUUACGAAAAGCAAGCAAGCAAGCCUAGACACCUGAUUUCCUACCGGCUCUUCACGGUUCUAUUACGAGGCGUUGCGGCGGGCGGCAGUCGGUCGGUCGGUUGUUUGUUUGGAUAGCAUUUCAAGGCGUUUAGGUACAUAAUGGCUCCCAAGGAUAUCAUAUCCAUUGAUCCAUAUAAAAAGGGGCAGGGGUGGGAGGGAGGCAUCAACAUUCUCCACUUACCUAGGUAGAUAUAGAAGACAUCGUCGUGAAUUGUACAUAUACAUGUAUACACACACAUACACUCAUCCAGCUAAUUAAUGCUACAAGUCGAGAGAUGAGCGACAA